AUGUCAAUCUACUAUUCGCCGACAUGGACGGCCAUUCCAGACAAUCUUUCAAUUUCUCAACUGAUGCAACAUGGCGUCGAGAAUACACACCCAGAAAAGGUAAUCUACGAGGAAGCAAUCACUGGGAAGACCGUCACAUACGGACUCUUUCAUCAACAAAUUCGCCAGACAGCAUAUAACUUGCGCCAAGCUUUGUCCCUGAAGCCGGGAGAUAUUGUGUCUAUUUCCGCCUCUAGCUGCAUCGAUUAUAUCCUCACGGCUCAUGCCGUCUGGUGGGCUGGUGGUAUUGUGAGCGCGAUCAACAACAGCCUACAUGCUGAUGAAAUUACGCACGCCAUUGAUCUUAUCAAGCCAAGGCUCUUCAUUGUCGAUAGUACUUUGUACGAGAAACUCCCGGCUAUCGGGAAAAGCUCACGGCAUUUCGACUCUCCCAAUAAGAUGGCAAUCUACACCAUCGGUAGCGAGGGUAGUACUGACUGGCCACCGCUUCCUAUUGUCAAUCUACCCUCGAAUGUGAGAACACUUGAGCUGCACAAUCCCAUUCGCGCAAGCAAAUUUGAUGCAAGAAAGACUUGCGCCGCAAUCUUGCUUUCGAGUGGCACAACAGGCGCAUCCAAGGCCGUAAUGUUAUCGCACUAUAAUCUUGUUGCCGCCUGUUUCCAACUACGGAGUGACAAUCCCCAAAACUGGCGUGGAUCCCAGAGAGAGAUUUUCUUCCCACCGUUGUCUCACGUAUAUGCGCUUUACGUCUGUUUCACUAUGAAUCUUUGGUUGGGAUCAUAUGUCUGCCUGAUGCCUCGCUUUGAUCUGGAGCUCUACUGUCGCCUGAUGCAAGAUCGAUCAGCCACACUGGCGAGAAUUGUUCCAGCUGUUGCCAAGUUGCUUGGCGAGAAUCCGGUUGUCGCUUACGGAUGCACUGAGCUCUCUGGGCCAUGCGUUCAAAGUGGCGUGCGGAACAAAGGAAUGCCACUUGCUGCUUCAGGCACGGUGAUCGCGAAUUGUGAGAUCCGAUUUGUAGACCUCGACGGGAAAGAUGUCGGAGCCAGAGGGCCGGGAGAGAUCGUUUGCAGAGCACCAAACGCAAUGAUGGGAUACAAGGAUAAUCCAGAGGAAACGGUGAAAACAAUUGCUAAGGAUCGGUGGCUUCACACUGGUGAUCUUGGCUACCUUGAUAAGGAUGGUUAUCUUUAUAUAUAUGAUCGCCUGAAAGAGAUGAUCAAAUACAAAGGAUUUCAAGUUGCACCAUCGGAGCUCGAGAACAUCAUCAUUCAGCAUCCUUCAGUGCACGAGGCCGCGGUAAUUGGGGUUUGGAGCCCCAAGGAGGAUACUGAAAUUCCUCGGGCCUUUGUGAGCCUGAAAGCGGCGCAUGGGCGGGACACUGUGGAAGUCUCAAAGGAAAUUGCGACGUUUGUUGCGAGUAAGGUCUCAAAUUACAAGAGAUUGAGAGGAGGAGUGGUGAUCAUCGAUACAUUGCCGAGAAACCCCACGGGAAAGCUUCUGAAGAAGAAAUUGAAGGAAUAUGACGUGAAAGCGCAAGAUGGUGAAAAGAUAUUGGCCUCAAAGCUGUGA